AAAUAAUCGACUAUGGUUGGUCAAUUUGUCUAUGACUUAUGCGGAGUCGACAAUGCGAAUCAUAGAGUCAUUCAGUAGGUUGCAAUCUUUUAUUUUCCCGCAACAAUGCUCACUUCUUAUCCGUCGCAGCGACAUAUUGUGGUCGUCGUCGUUGGAAUUGAACCAACUCGAGAGACUGCGACUACGACUGGAAACAAGGAAUGUUAUAACUGCUUUGCGACGCUGAGAGUCUCAGCCUGAGACUCGCAUUUUAGACCUCGCAUUACGACUUGCGACAUUACGAUACGACUAAUAUAGAUCCGGUUUUAGCCUAAAACCUAUCAAAUUGCCGAAUGUAUCACGCAUUUAUUUUGGCGGGACAAGAAAGAUAAAAGUCAGCUCGCUGUACAAGAUAUGUGAUCUUCCCAUAUGCAAAUUUAAAUAGUAUAAACAAUUUCUCUGUAAAUUUCGUCAGUAUGUACGUCGAGGAAAAGCGAAUCAACAAAAUUGUUAGAUCUAAAUUAAGCAUUAAUCCUGUCAAGCAUCACGAACGAUUUCAACGAGCAAACAAGUCGUACAGAAAUGUGGACGAGUUUUCUAAAAGAGAGGAUAAAGAUGUAAUGAGUCAAACGGAUUUGUCAGAUUUGGCUCGAUCAAUCAGUGCAAUCAAGACGGAAAAAUUUUCGAGCACGUCAAGUGAGACCCAGAGUGCCGAGAAAUAUGAUACAUCGAUGUCUGAAAGUAACACGUUUCGACAAUUUGAACAUGUCUCGUGGAAAUAUAAAAAUCCGUACAGCAUUUCUAUUAAUAAUCCUAUGCAUUAUGAAAAAUCCCAUCACGCUUCAAAGAACAUUCUUAAAGAUGAACCUCAAGAAGGAAGAACUAAACAAAGUAUUCUUUCCAAUUGUCAAGAAUAUUUAGCAAAUUGUCAAGAAUCUUGCGGUACACCGCAUACUGAAUAUUCCUUUGCAGCCUUGAUCAUAGUAAUGGCUCAGGCUGCGGCACGAUCUCUGUGGGCAUUGAUAUAUGUAAUUAUUAACAUUGUUCCCAUUAUUCAGAUGUUUUCCUUCAUAUUAAGAUUUGUGUUGGACAAAGUAAUCGACAUACACAGAACUAAGAAUAUUCAGCAAGUAAUAGUGAAGUUCGCGAUACUCGCUAUGCAAUUGCUCAGCGUGUACAUUUGCCUUAUAUUUAUACUCGGCUUCAUCGUUUUACCGAUUGUACAAAUGGCAGUCAGUAUCGUAUCUAAAUUCGUGAUGCACGAUUAA